AUGGCGCGAAGCCGUCAGUGCCUUUGCUUUCUCCUGGUGCUUCAGCGCCUUACAGAGACAAUCUCGAUCCCUUCUAACAGCUCAGAACACCUCGAGGCAGUGCUUCCAGCACCCCCUCGUCUUGCCAGCUUGGCAGAGACCGCGAAAGAGAUUGAGAAAAUCAAGCAGAAAAUCCAUGGUGACUACGUCACUUACAUCAACGGGAGGAAGGUUGUCGUCAUGGGCGAUUCCAGAAAGGCGGACAUUGCCAUGUGCGUCUUCAGCUCCCUCUUGGCCACUCAUCAACUGGCAUCAGCUGGCAUGUCCAUCAACGGAGCCGUGGCCACCUGUGGUUGGGGUGGCAUGAAGGAGAAGACAGAGGCUUGCGUAGCGAACAUCGGCAACACUUUGGCAACGCUGUCCGGGACCGCCGCCUUUCUCACCGAGUUGGCGUUGAACUGUCCCACCGACAACGUGGACUGGCGAGCUGGGUGCGCGGCUCCGAUUGCCACUCUUAUCAGUGGCCUGGGUGGCCUCGUUGGCCACUCCUCCGGCGUUUCGCAAGCCUGCGAUGCAGAAAAGAUUGACAAUGGUGCGACCAUCUUCAACCCUGUCAACGUGAACGAUGAGACAGGAAUGGCGAAUUGCAUCCUGAACGCUGAUCAGGCAGCAUUCUUCGCCGGUAGAGCGGGUCUCAACGUGAAUGCCUUGGCGAAUGGGGACUGCUCCGGGCGGAACUCAAAGGCGGUCGCUUGGCUGUGCUUCUCAGCAACUUGA